AUGAGCCAGUCGUCCACCCAAACCGCCAUGCGGAUUCAAGACAAGGAGCUUGCGAAGGGGAGAACCACUGUUGAUGACUCGAGCAGCAGGGAGUCGUCUCCGCAACCUAGACAAAGACGAUCCUUCACGCCCAAUUCUGAUGAUGAGCCAGUACCGCCCAUGGCAGACGAUGAUACUCCUCCGCCGGAGGAUAGGCCGCUGAUACGCAAGCCUAUGGGCUUUGCAUCCGCCUUUGCAUCGACUUCUUCCCUGAAUACGUACGAAGCAGCGCCUCCGAAACCCACGCGGAGGAAAGCCUUUUUGCCAGGGCAGGAAGUGUUCAUUGCAGUACAUCCCGACCAGCCGCCAAAAAAGCGCGGUGCCAUUAAAAAGGUUGAGACCAAGAAAGUCAAGCAUUUCAACGAUGCAUUUGCGGACCAGACUGGCCGAUGGAGAGCCACUUCUUACGACCCAACACCUCCUAGCAACCCUCCAACAUAUGCUGGCAAUGGACCGUACAACUCUCUUUUCCGCGCAGAGAAGUCAGCACAGCAAGAUGCGUCCGCGCCUUCGCCGCAAACGAAACCGAACCAGCCUCCCGCGGCGCAGAACGACACGAACAACAGUGCCGCGAGUUCUCAACCCACCGAUGCCGGAGUGCAGCCUGUUGCGAAGAAAGGGAAAGGCCGUAAGAAGCCUGUGAAGAAUAAGGCAGCCAAUGUAAGCGAGCCUCCAGCUAUCGAGAUACCAGCGUCAGUGCCGUCCACCUCGGCGACCCCGGUGGAAAGUGUGCAUCACGCUACCAGCAACCCCGCUGACAGUCAUCGCGUACCCGACUAUCACAAUGGAGGGCAAAGCUACGAAAGUCACCAGUUCUCUAGGUCGGAGAAUGGAGUCCGACAAAUCGCAGGUCCAAGUUCGGCGCAGGGUGGAGGAUACAUGUUCAUCGACAACACCCCUCGGAGCGAGGCGGCCGCUUCACAAUCCAAGCCUUAUGUGUCUGAGAGCGAGCUCCAGAAACGGGCAAAUCGGGCCCUCCCUGUGUUGACCAUCCUUAUUCAGGACGCACGAAGCGGGGUCCCGGACUUCCUCCUUGCCGAAGUCAGGGUACCUUUGAAACGAGCCGAAAGAGCAGAAGAUGGUUAUUGGGCGGACGCAAAUGAUAUCUGCGAAAAGCUUCAGACGGGCCCAUCGAGAAUAGAUGGUCCUGCGAAGGUGUACACUCUCAGAGGGAGAUUCAGACAGUUCUUUUUGAGGGUAUCUGCAGACAACGAAGACAAGUGGGAUUCUGCCAAUAUCGUGGUUACACCCCAGCGGACGUUAGAAGUUUUCGUAGAAGAGUCCAUCCCCACCUACUCUCAGUAUGGCCCGGCUCCUAGAGGAGCAGCAGCUGGCCAACCGUCACCAGAUCCGAGACGUGGGCGUCACUAUUCUCCCAGUACCAGAAAUUCCCCAGAUCGCGCAGAGUCUUUACUUACUACCUACUCCUCACACUCUGAAGGGUAUCGGAAACGCCAAAGAUCGCCAUCCCUCGAGCAUCACCCUCGUUGGACUGCCCCUUCGUCGCAGACCAGAUCGACGAUAUCACCUUAUUACCAGGACCACGGCUCCUACGAUCUGCGAACUUCAGGCGUACCCCCCAAGAGGCAGAGAAGCUAUGCGAAGGGUUCCAUAGAUCAUAUCAUGAUGGAUCCGGCAGACGACUCAGAUGACGAUGAUCCCAUGCCCCCGGCUCCUCCUCGUGGAUAUCAUACCCCAACUCCAGAGGCAGAUGAAGAUGAGAUACAUGAGAUGAUUUCAAAAUCCAUCAGUCCCAUACUCGAGCAAGAUCGAUCCUGGGCUGAGUUCUUUCAGUGGAAGGCGUCGCCGCAGACGGCAUCGAUAGUGCUAAAACAAUACCGAUGGGUGAAAAGUAUGAUUGAUGCAUACAGCGGUAAACCUACUCCGAAUCUGAAGUCCCGAGUCUUUACUAUUGAGGAGAGUCAUGUCCUGGCUGCUUUACACCUUGACGAGCGUUGGGGCCUUGCCUGCCAGGAGACACUUCGUCUCCUUGACCUCUAUGGAGGAGAGGAUCAGGAUCCACGCAUCACUGAAAUAUUGAAUGACCAGUCGACGCCAACCUACAACGCCAAACCUAUCAAGAGACUAUUGCACCUUCUUAGGGAGAUUCACCAGCAGCACACCAAGGGCGAAAUCACGCUGUCUCCCCCUGAACCUGUUCCUGAGCAGUCGUAG